UUGGGUUACGCUAGAACUGGUUGUCAUUUUCCCAUGAUUUUUCCUUGCUCGUUUCGAUCUCUAUAUUUUGUAUAAAUACUUACUUUAAAAAAUUUGAAUUAAAACUGUGUAAAAUGACUUUAUACCAUUUUGGAAACUGUGUAGCGCUCGUUUAUGUUCCAUACUACAUGACAUACAAGUACUCUGGUCUUUCUGAAUAUGGAGCCUUUUGGAAAUGCAUUCAAGCCGGCGGAAUUUACAUUUUUACUCAAUUGUGUAAAAUGUUGGUAUUGGCGACAUUCUUUCCAGAUACGGAAAGUUUUACAGGAGAGGAACACUUCAAUUUAAUUGCGGAAUUCCUCCGUUGUAGCGUGGAUCUGGUAGAUUUGCUUGGCUUGGCAUUUGUCUUGUCCAAGAUACCUGGAAAAGGGCAUAGUAAACUUAUAACGGCCGGUCUUGGAUGGGCAACAGCCGAAGUUAUUUUGUCACGUGGUUUAAUGUUGUGGGUUGGUGCUCGCGGAGCCGAGUUCUCAUGGGUUUACAUCCAGCGAUGUUUAGAAUCGAACAUUCUUUUAGUGCAGCAUUUAACUACAGCUACACUAUUGUGGCUUUUUUCGCGCCACGACCUCGAUAAGAAAUACUUUCCAGUGGUAAUAACGCUGCUCAUAGCAAUUUCUUUUCGUGGAGUUUGGUUGGAAGGAACUUUACAAGCCCUGUCAGCAGGGGCAUGGUUUGGAUUAGCUUUGAAAGCGCUUUUGACAGCUAGUUUUGGGUUUGUUACUCUUCAUAUUUAUUCUGGGCUAGCGCAAUCGAUAGGACUAUAAACCAAUAUUUUAUUUUUAUAGAAAAGCUAUGUAUGUUUCCAACCGUUUUGGCUUUAUUUAUUGCCUAAAAUACAUGAUUGUUCUCAUUUUUUAUUUAAAUCAAAUAAAUAAGAUGAAAUGUGUA